GCGUCACCCGGCGGCGGCUGCAUUUUUUAACCCUUAAACGCUCCACAUUACAGUAGGAAAAUAAUAAUAAUAAAUUAUUUACCUUCUGAAAUGGACCCUCGCCGGGUUCCCCGAAAUGUAACCGACCCGAAAGUCCGGCAAGUCGGGUUCUUCGCACCCGUGGCCCCACCCGAUGACGUCUUUACGUCGGCCUUACCACCUCCAAUCACUCCAUCUCCUCCGGUCUCCGGCAACUCCUUGUCCCCCGUCAUGAUCCCCCCGCCGCGACACACCACCUCCGACAACGCCCCACUCUCCCCACUCAACGCUGCAGCUGGCGACUCUUUCAUUCCCGUCGGCAGUUACGAGCCGUGGGAAUUUUCAUCCCCUUCAGCAACCGAGGACUUCUCCGAAGACAACUUUUCCAAAGACUCAGGCUGGAUCCUCAAUGAGAAGUCUGGUAAAAUUGCCACUUCAUUACCCACAGGUGGUGCGGAUAAAGCCGCCGUGAAACAGAAUACUCAUGCUGCCGGUGGAUUGGUCCUUGGCGUUACAGAUGGAGGGCCACCUUCAGAGGUGCAGAAGGAGCUUCCGCCAGCUAGUUCCAUGCCGAAAAAAGAUAAGACGACAAAGGCCGAAAGACGUGCUGUUCAGGAAGCUCAGCGAGCCGCCAAAGCUGCUGCUAAUGCUGAUAGAAGUAAGAAGUCUGCUGCUGCUUCAGCCAAUGCUAAUACAAAAAAGGUUGCAAAGGCUUCUACACAAAAGAAAGACAGCUCUUCAGUUGCAACUUCUGAGAAAAGAGGUGGUGAUCGUCAAACAGAUAAAGAUAGGAAGAAAGAUGUUCCUCAUUUACGUGAUGGAAGUAAGAAGUCUGCUGCUGCUUCAGCCAAUGCUAAUACAAAAAAGGUUGCAAAGGCUUCUCCACAAAAGAAAGACAGCUCUUCAGUUGCAACUUCUGAGAAAAGAGGUGGUGAUCGUCAAACAGAUAAAGAUAGGAAGAAAGAUGUUCCUCAUCCACGUAUGCAGUUUGAUGAUGAGGGCAGAGUUGAGAAGGCAAAGAAGCGUUCUAUGGUAAAACAAACUGAAUCCAGGAACAGAGUUGAACUAUUUAGACAUCUACCUCAAUAUGAACAUGGAACUCAGCUUCCUGACCUUGAAUCGAAGUUCUUUCAACUUGAACCAGUUCAUCCUUCAAUUUAUAAGGUUGGGCUGAGGUUUUUAACUGGGGAUAUAUCUGGUGGCAAUGCCCGCUGUAUUGCAAUGCUUCAGGCAUUUCAAGAGUCAAUUGAAGAUUACUCUACUCCACUGGAUAAAGAACUUACCAGGGACCUCCCUACAAAGAUAAAUGGUUAUGUUUCAUUUGUAAUUCAAUGCAGGCCACUUUCAAUUAGCAUGGGAAAUGCAAUUAAUUUUCUUAAAUCCAAAAUUCUUGAAUUACCUUCGACCAUGUCUGAGUCAGAAGCCAAAGCCAGUCUUCUCUCAGAUAUCGACCGCUUCAUAAAUGAGAAGAUAAUUCUAGCAGAUAAAGUAAUUGUGAGGCAUGCUGUAACAAAAAUUAGGGAUGGUGAUGUCCUUCUCACAUAUGGGUCAUCCUCUGUUGUAGAAAUGAUAUUCUUAUGUGCCCUAGAACUUGGCAAACAGUUCCGAGUUGUGAUUGUGGAUUCACGACCAAAGCUUGAAGGGAGGAUGUUACUUCGUAGGUUGGUGGGAAAGGGUGUUAGUUGUACAUACACCCAUAUAAAUGCUGUUUCUUAUAUCAUGCAUGAAGUAACACGAGUAUUUUUGGGUGCUUCAUCGGUGUUUUCUGAUGGAACUGUUUAUUCGAGGGUCGGCACUGCAUCUGUUGCUAUGGUUGCCCAUCAGUUCCAUGUUCCAGUCUUAGUAUGUUGUGAAGCAUAUAAGUUUCAUAAAAGGGUUCAACUUGAUUCAUUAUGCUUUAAUGAACUUGGCGACCCUGAUGCUAUCGCAAGGGUUUUUGGUAAAGAGGAUAUUAAUUAUUUGGAUGAUUGGGCCAGUAGCCAAAAUCUUCAACUUCUAAAUCUGAAUUAUGAUGCAACACCUAAAGACUACAUCUCAAUGAUCAUCACUGAAUAUGGCAUGAUCCCUCCAACAAGUGUUCCUGUUAUUGUUCGAGAGUACGGAGAACAUUUAUUGACAUAGAGAUGUUUGCUCUGCUCCUGACUUCUCCCCCAAGAUCAGACUGGCAGAUGAGGAAGCGAUGUGGAGAACUCUGCUGCAACAUCAUACAGUUUAUUUCUUGUUGAAUCUUUCUUAACGAUUUGCAUCUCAAAACAUACUUUUCAUUUUGGUUUACAAUUCUAGCUACUCAUGAAGAGGGCGAAUCGUCUUCCUCUCCAGGCAGUUCUGUUCAGUGUGUUUUAGGAUAACAGAUUUCUGUAAAUUUAGAGCAACACCAGCAACUUAGAUAUAACAUUUAUAAUACAUAUGUACAUAUAUAGAUGGCCAGCUUGCUUUAGUCUCA